AAGACGCCUGAGCAGAGUCCUCACAACUGUUUUUUCAGGGGAAACUGCUGUAGCCCUGAGAACCGGAAACAUCCGUUUUCACCACCCCGCGGAGAGUGGAACACUAACGCUACUGCCUGAACUUUUUUUUUAGCCCUCCCCCAAUCUGUAUGUAUCACUAAUGUCUCUGUUCGAUUUGUGGCUUUAUUGCAAUGGAAUGGUAGGACCCAUUGGCUAGUAGUGAUGGAGACCGAGUUCUAAAACAGCGCAGGUAGAAAAGUGACUCCUUUCCACUCCGCUCUGUCGGUUACCGCGAGUAUAAUAACGUUAAACGAUAUCUAGAAUGGAGACUGUUGAGCAGCUCGUGUCGUUUAACCAUAUCCCAGUCCAGUUAAACGGAGGCACGCCUUGGGGGUUCACGCUGAAAGGAGGUCUCGAGCACGGAGAACCGCUCAUCAUCACUAAAAUCGAGGAAGGUGGUAAGGCAGAACAAUGUAAGAAGCUGAGAGUGGGUGAUGAACUGGUGAAUAUAAACGGAUCAGCCCUCUACGGUUCAAGACAGGAAGCUCUUAUACUCAUCAAGGGAUCCUACCGGAUACUAAAGAUCACCGUAUGCAGACGCAGUGUACCUGUGAUCAGGCCUCACUCGUGGCACCUGGCCAAGCUUUCAUCAACGGAGUCCCCCCACAGUUCUACCCCUGUCCCCCCUCCUCCUCCCCCGUCCCCCCCAUCUGCCAUGCAGCUCCAUCCUGGGCCCUACACACUACCCUGGCACUCUACAGCAGACAACAGUGAUCUGUCUAUCCAGUGGAACAAGCUCUCCAGACACUACUCUACAGACAGAAGCAGUUCCCUAAGUAGCAUGGACAGUCUUGACCCUCCUAGCAGCCAAGUGUACUACGAUUCCCAUAAUUCCCCAGUGGACCCGGCCAUCUUCAACAAUAAGAGAGACUAUGAUUACCACAAUUCACCAGUGGACCCUGCUAUAUUCAACAAUAUAAGAGACUCUGCCUAUAGCUCUUUCUCAGCUAGUUCUAAUAUGUCAGACUAUACUGUCUCAUUAAGGCCCGGUGAGGCCUGUUCUAUGGAGAAUAUCAUCCAAAGCCUUGGGUCAGGGGGACCCGCCUUCCGGGUUUAUGCCUGUGGCAAUGCACCAUCCCUGGGGAGGGAGUCAGGUGAGGUCCAGGAUGAGACCGGUACCUCAACCCUACUACUAAAGUCGAGGUCGCUGACCAGGCCAAGAGUGAGGCAGCCAGAAGCGAAGGAGAGACCAUCUUCGUACUGUUUUGAAGAGGAAGGGAGAGGGGAGAGGGGUGGAGGAGGAGGGAAGAGGGGGGCUUCAAUUCCCCCCCUUCCCCCAACCAGGAAGGACAGUUUUAGGGCGACGAGGGGUCGCUUGGGGAUUACAGAUGUCAAAGAUCAACGAUGCAUCUCUGCCCCCGUCGGAAUUCCCAGCCUCUUCAGUUGCCAUGUCGAAGGCGAUGACGACGAUCCUCAGAAUGUUCCUGGUGUUCCGGUUAUUCCCAGCUGGAACGGCUAUCCCGCUCCCUGCAAGGCGUCAAAGGCAGAGGGAGACAUGGGAAAUGGGAAAAAGAAUGGGGUUGGGAAUUUUAAAGGAGAUUCUUUGGAGCAAUACUACACCCUCAUCUCCAAAAAAAAAGAUUCCCUUGUGAAUAAGAACUCAGAGAUCCAGGAGAUCCACCCAGACUCCCUCCACCUCCCUGCCCUAGAGAUAAGCUCCUCUUCCUCCAUCCCCGGCUCCAGCUCCCUACCUCCAGACAGCUCCAUAGAUCCAGACCCCCCAGGUGAAGCCAACCACCUCCUCCCCCAGAACAAGCACUGCUCAUCAGAUCUCUACAGACAAAGCGUCCCUGAGAAACUCUUAUCGCAGCUACGUCAUCUAGAGUUUUCCAGUGACUCUUCGGACCAUAGCUCCGUCUCCCCCUCCAGCUCCCAGUGGUCUCGCUCCCCCCUUAACCCCACCAGGGAGGACCUAGGAGGGGAUAUAGGGAGUCAUGACACCUCCCUCCUCCUCCUCCAGCAGAACACGGGGGAGUGGGAACAAAGUAGUCAAUGCUCUACCCCAGGAUUGGUGGACAUUGAUGGGAUUGCGGAGGCAGGAGAGGUGAGUGUGGUGGUUUGGGAGAGUAGGGAGGUGGUGGUGGCUGCUGGUAAUCGCCUCUCGCCCAUUCAGGUCCAACACCCCUGGGGUACACCGGUGAGUGUUCCAGGGUCAGGGCAGCCCUCUGGAGAUUCUACACAGGGAGAGGUGAGCUCUGAGCGGAUUUGGGAGACCGACUUUGGGCCUCUCAGUGCUGCAGCCAGUGUAGACAGCCUACUGGAGGGAAGUCAUAGAGGAGGAGGAGGAAGAAGUGAUGAUAAUGAAGGAAAGGUGCUGAUGAAGAAACCCAGGAGUCACCGUUCGUCCCGGGCACGCCGUCGAAGUGAACGCUUCGCCACGAACCUCCGUAACGAGAUCCAGCACAAGAAGGCCCAGCUGUCCAAGAGUAAAGGCCCAGGAGGAUUGCUCUACAGCGGGAAGACGGUUGAGGAAGAAGAAGGUCCAGACCUGGAAAUCCAGGACCUUGUGAGGAAAGAGGCUGAGGACGUUGAUCCGCCUGCCAAGGAGAGCAGCUCCCAAGGCGUGUACACCUGUUCCGACAUCAGCCUCUCAGCUCCAGCUCCUGGAGGUCUGAACAGACUAUCCUCUUCUUCCACCCUCCAGCUCCACCAGCCGUCCCUAGCCCCAGUUUCAGCUCUACAACCCCCCAGGGAUGAAGAACCUGAACCACCAGGGAAGCAAGACCAAGCUACAGACUCUUCCAGGACACCCCAGAGGUCCGUCCCAACCUUGCCCAGCUGGGGUAUGGGUAUCCAGGUCGUGGAGGAGCUAGCUCCAGCUGGUAAGUCCCGCCGAUGGAGAUGGACACCCGAACAUAAACUCCAACCAGAAAUUGACACUGACCGACGGGGGGAGAGGGUCGGAGUGGCCUUAGGGGUGUCAGGACAAGGGAGGGCAUCCUCUGCCUCCUCUUCUUCUUCUACCACUUGUUCUUCCCACACUGAGGAGUCUGAUAUUCUACCUUUCGCGGACCGCUGUAAGUUCUUUGAGGAGACAAGCAGGAGUAUAUUGGUGUCAAAUUUGCCAGGUCUGACGAGACGACGGCAGAGGCCAGAUAGACAUGAGACUCAGCCUCAUCUGUCGAUGCUGGAGAACCAAAGAGGGGGCUAUGGACAGGGACAAGCCCAGAGGAGGUACUCUUACCAGGGUGGAUUCGAGCGAGAAACUCCCCUUUUUAUUAAUACCAUGGAGGCCCGGAGACAAUCGGUUAGUGGGAAUAGGGAGAGAGAAAAGGAGAGUGAGAGAGAGAAGCAGAGGGAAAAAGAGAGGGAGAUGGAAAGGGAGGUAAGAGCAAGAGAGAGGGAAAGGGAAAGGGAGGAAAGAGCAAGAGAGAGGGAAAGGGAAAGGGAGGAGAGGGCGACAGAGAGGGAGAGGUUGUUGGAGAGGGAGGAAAUGGUAAGGGAGAGGGAAAGAGAAGAGAGGGCUAGAGAGAGGGAGAUGGCUCUUGAGGGGGAAAGGGAGGAAGAGAGACAAAGAGAGGAAAGGGCUAGACUGAGAGAGCUGGAGAUGGAGAGAGAAAGGGGUAUAGAGAGGGAACAAGAUAGUGAGAUGGAGAAAGAGAGACAAAGUGAGAGAGAAAGGAAAAGAGAGAGGGAGAGAAAGUCACUCAGUUCAGCUCAGGAUCUUUUUGCCAGUCAAACCCAACCCCAUGCCUACCCCCAGACCCACUCCCAUCCCCAAACCCAGAUGGAGGCCCCUCGUUCAGCCUUCCACCCGGUCAACACUGCUCUCCUCCAGGAUAGCCAGGCUCUUCACCAGGGGUAUCCACCACAGAGCUACACACCAACAGAGGCGUAUCCUGCUGCGUCUCGACCGUUACUGUGGGAACAGACACAGAUCAACAGGAAGUUCAGCCUGACCGAGAGGGACUACCCCCGGUACAGACGUGAUUCAUCCACCGGGCCACCAAAUUGUACUAUAACAGUAACACCUGACUACCACCACCACCAGCAAGUCUCCCAAAGUGGGGGUUGUUGGAAUGGCUUGCUGUCUGCCUGUAGUGUGGACGUGGAGGACCAUCACCAGACGUCUAUGGUGGUUAACCCCACAUCAUAUUCAUCUUCAUCACUACUACGAAGCAGGGCCAUGUCCGAGAACGAUCUACACUUUGGCUCCACCCACCGCCGUACUUCACCCUCGGUUGCUAUGGCGACACCACUGUCUGAGCUGGAGGAGGGAGGCGGGAUCGAAGGGGGAAGAGUGGGAGUGGGAGGAAUUAGGGGAGCGGCUAACAAAAAUAAGACUCUACCCCCUCCGAGGCCACCUCCCCAAUGGGAGCAGUUCCACCGCAGGAGAGCCUCCCACCACACCCUCUUCUCCUCCCCGCUCCACUCCACCUCUGUUUCUUCAUCCAUCCAUCCAUUGGUAAACCCCACCCCCCCUCCUCUCCCUCUCAUACCACCAGCGGGUCCCACCUCUCACCCUUCAUCUCACCCCUGUCACCCUGAAAAGAGUGAAAUGACGCGUCAGCGCUCCUACAGCCUCCCGCCCCAGAGGGAGGAGCUAGAGGGGUGCCAGCGCUGCAUCAGAAGCCAAGUCCAGGAAUGGCGCUUUUCCCAGUCUCCGCCUAGUCCAGGGUUCACACACACGGCCUUCCGGCCGGUGGCCCCACCCCAAAGAGAUAAAGACACUCCCCCUCACUACAAUGACUCACUGCCGCCAUCAGAAAGCUGUGUCAGGUUGUACAACAUGGUUGACCAAGAUUGUCCUGCUGUAUUGAAGCCUAUCUCUCAUAGACAGCAGAGGGCCAGGGCUGAGUGGGAGAGAACUCCGUCUCCCAGAGUGCAUAGCUUCUCAGGUCAACUCACCAUAGAGAAUAGCAUUAUCUCACCAGAGUCCUACUUCGCUAUGAGCUAUGAACAACAACAACAGUUACAGCAGAAUAGAAGAUUGCGGAAUCACCCCCACAACAACAACGACAAGCCGGAAUUGGAACAUGAAUUAUUGGAACUGGAACCGGAAUCCGAUUUCGGCCCGAGCCCCGUCCAGAGCUUGGAACAGGAAGUGGACAUCCCCAUGGAAACGGACAUCGACGACUCCCAGGAGGAGGGGCUUCCAGAGGAUGAAGAGCCAAUCAGGACAGAGCUACAAGGUUUUGCCCUGCCGGUCACGGUACUGGAGACGGACAUCGACACGCUCCCUGAUCAGGAGGCCUUGCCAGCGGGUAGGAUGACAGUGGAGAAUGGGUCUCUAGAUGGAGAAAUGGAGGUCCAGGGGAUGAGGACCAGAGAGGAACUCAUGGAGGAGCUGUUUCCCCAGAGCAUUGAGGGCGAGGCAGGCACAGAGAGCUGGAGAGGGGCCUACCGUAGCCCCAACCUGGAGCACAAUACAGACAGUCUGGAUAGGCGUUCUGGUGCCAGUUCCAGUUGUUCGUCCUACUACUCUACCUCAGCAGCCAAAGCUCAGCUCCUCACUCAGAUGAAAGACUACUGCUCAGACACUAGAGACACUGAUGAUGAUGAUGAGGACCUGUCUUACAAGAGACAGUUGAUGGAGAGUCUACGUAAGAAGCUAGGAAUUCUGAGAGAGGCACAGAGAGGUCUACAGGAGGAUAUACGGGCUAACGCACAGCUGGGAGAGGAGGUUGAAAGCCUGGUGCUAGCGUUCUGUAAGCCCAAUGAGGUGGAUAAGUUCAGGAUGUUUAUCGGGGAUAUGGAUAAGGUGGUCAGUCUGCUUCUGUCUCUCUCCGGACGGCUACUUAGGGUUGAGAGCUCACUGGACAACCUGGAGGCCGAGACUGGACACUAUGAGAGGCUCCCCCUCCUGGAGAAGAAGCGUCAGCUCCUGGUGCAGCUGUCAGAGGCCCAGGACCUCAAAGAACAUGUAGACCGACGGGAGCAGGUUGUGGGAAGGGUGCUAAGACGAUGUCUCUCCCAAGAACAGCACCGUGACUACAGUCAUUACGUCAAGAUGAAGGCAGCAUUGCUGGUGGAACAGAGGCAGCUGGAGGACAAGAUCAGGCUGGGAGAAGAGCAGCUAAGAGGGCUACGCGAGAGCCUAGGGAUGGGAUUAGGGAUGUUCAUGGGAUAUGGGCACUACUAAACCCCAACCAAGAGACCUGAAAGCUGGGCAGAUGGAUGGGGUAUCAACACUAUUGAGAGAAAGUGAACAAGGACAGUUAAAGCAGUUAAGAACCUUAAGGGAGAGUCUGUGUUGGGGAUGUCCAUGUUGAUGGGGUAUGGACACUAUUGAGAGAACUAACACUAACUUAAAGGUGAAUUUUGCUUCUUUUUUUAAACAACUCUCUAUUCCAGACACUUUUUUUGCGAUUUCACUUGUUUUUGAGAAACUUACCCCGACCAGUGAUUCACUUCCUCAUUGUUGUUGUGCAGUACGGCGGCUCUGAAAAAACGGGGUCUCUGAACUAACAUGAACAAAUGUUCCAAAAACACCCAAAUACGUCCUUUUAGAAAUGGAAACACCGAGUUUAGUGAUGCAGGUCUUUAGAUGUUGUACAUGUGAAAUUGUGUCAUUUCGAACUUUAUCCACAACGUUAUAUUCCAAUUUGUGUGGAAAUUAAUUUCUGGUUGGGGAAAGUUUCUCAAAAUCAAGUGAAAUUGCAAUAAAAGUAUAUUGACUCUUCUAUGACAUGCCAUUUACAUCAAAAUAAUAUUUUAUUGUAUAAAAGCAAAUUUCUCCUUUAAGGAAACUUUAGAGACGAGUUGAUGGUGUUAUUGAUGGGCUGGGGGAUGUAUGUGGGAUUCAUUCAUUAUUGAAUAAAAACCACCCUACCCAGGGAGACCCUAGAGUGGGGCAGAUGGGCUUAGGAAUGGGGUUAGGGAUGGGGAGAGCCUUGGAAUGUCUAUGGGGUAUGGGCACUAUGGGGAGACAGGCAACCUACCCAGGGAGACCCUAGAGUGGGGCAGAUGGGCUUAGGAAUGGGGUUAGGGAUGGGGAGAGCCUUGGAAUGUCUAUGGGGUAUGGGCACUAUGGGGAGACAGGCAACCUACACAAGGAGACCCUAGAGUGGGGUACAUUAGCAUGGGGGGUGGGGUAUGGACACUAUUGAGAGAGAACCAACCCAACCUAAGGAGAGCCUGGAGAGCUAUGGUAGAGUUUAGGGUUAGGGGUAGAGCUGAGGGAUGUCCAUGAAGUAUGGGAACUGUAGGGAGAAAGCCAACCCACACAUGGAGGCCCUAGAGUUGGGUAAAUAGGGAUGGGGUUAGAGUUGGGGAUGGGACAUGGGCACUACUUCCUAAAACACUCCAGUACUUUUCCUGACACCAACAUCUACACUGUGUUAAAAACAGAGGUGGCCAUUAAAACCCCACAAGAGAUUGCAUUAAGGCUGCACUUGGCAGUAUUUGUCCGUUAAGAAAUACACACCUACUCUUUGGUGUUAGACACACUGGUACACCCAAGAGUAACAGCUAUCGUUCACUUACCAACUGUAACCUCACAAUCGCAUACUCCAUGCACAACAAAACGAGGCCAAAGAAUACGCUGUUGUUUAGUGUGUGUGUUACUGAACAAGACUGGAGAAAGUAUGUAUUUAUUAUUUAUAUCUCCGUUGAGCAAUACGGACAGGGAGGAUUUGGGGUGCUAGACGAGAGUAUUUUCAUGAAACUGUUGGGGAGUGCAUUGAAUACAUAGAAAUGGAUAGAAGGUGCAUGUGCCAAAAAGCUGCCCAUGCUAUCACAUCAAACAUUAUUGCAAAGAAAUGCCCUCUAUCCAAUUCUAUGAUUGCAUAUAAUCCUAUUACAGUAAUAUGUUCAGAAAUGGAGAGAGACAGCCGCUUCUCUCCUCUCUCAUAUAACACUAUACUAGCCUGAGUGCCAGUCUGUUUGUGCUAUCAUGUGCUAUCAUGCUAACUCCUUAACGGUUAUGGCUUGACAUGUUUGGCUUGACAAUGACGGCGAUGGAGUUUGCCAAGAGCGCAAACAGAUUUGGGGCCUGGAAAACCCUAUACUCCAUAACGGCAUCACAUCACUCCUUAACACUACACUACUACACCACGCCUUAGAUUGUGUAUAUUGGUGUAGGGUGAAGUUUCCCCUAGACACUGAUCCUGGGUCCGUUUUGCAUUUUCCCCACUAAUGGUUAAGGUUAAAAUAGGGGGAGGAGAAGCUGAUCCUAGAAAAUUUCACCUUGUAGCCCUAAAAUUACCACACCAUGUCUUGUGCGUCUAUGCAUUCAUCAUUAUUGUGUGUAUUAAAUGUUGUGUAUAGAAGUGAUAUUCAUGUGUUAUAACUGGAAUCCAUCAUUGUAGUGUAAAUAUGUCAUGAUAAGCUAUGUAAUUUAUAUAUAUAUACGUCAUAUGGCAUAUAAUCGUCAUAUGGUAAAGUUCAUCCUAAUACAAUACGUGCCAUUAAAAACUAGUUCAUUGUUAUUACAUUUCAUUUUGGGGGAAUGUUUUGGGGCACGUAUUGUAUUAGGAUGAACUUUGCCAUAUGACAACUUUGUAUAUAUAUAAUAUGACAUGUAUAUAUAUAUAUAAAUGACAUAACUUCUCAUUUAUAUAUAUAUAUAUAUAUAUAUAUAUAUAUAAAUAUAUAUAUAUAUAUUAUUGGCUGUUUGACCAAAAACAUGCAUGCAGACCAUAUCUUUUUAUUUUAUUUUUUAUUUUUUAACCUAACCUUAACCCCUAAUCCUAACCUCUAAUCCUAAAAUAGCCUUUUUACAAAUGAGGACUGGCAAAAGAUCUUCACUUCCUUGAAUUCUAGUUGGUUUACUAUUCUUGUGAGGACUUCUGGUACUCACAAGUAUUACAAAACGUGUGCGCACACACUCACACAGAUACACACAGUGCUUUCGGAAUAUAUUCAGACCCCUUGACUUUUUCCACUUUUUGUUAUGUUACAGCCUUAUUCUAAAAUUGAUUAAAUAAGAAAAAAUCCUCAGCAAUCUACACACAAUACCCCAUAAUGACAUUUAUCAAAAUUAAAAACACAAAUAUGUUAUUUAUGUAAGUAUUCAGACCCUUUGCUAUGAGACUCGAAGUUGAGUGCAGGUGCAUCUUGUUUCCAUUGAUUAUCCUUGAGAUGCUUCUACAACUUGAUUGGAGUUCACCUGUGGUAAAUUCAAUUGAUUUGACAUGAUUUGGAAAGGCACACUCCUGUCUAUAUAAGGUCCCAUAGUUGACAGUGCAUGUCAGAGCAAAAACCAAGCCAUGAGGUCGAAGGAAUGGUCCGUAGAGCUCCGAGACAGGAUUGUGUCGAGGCACAGAUCUGGGGAAGGGUACGAAAAAAUGUCUGCAGCAUUGAAGGUCCCCAAGAACACAGUGGCCUCCAUCAUUAUUAAAUGGAAGAAGUUUGAAACCAACAAGACUCUUCCUAGGGCCAAACUGAGGAUCUGGGGGAUAAGGGCCUUGGUCAGGGGGGUGACCAAGAUCCCAUUGGUCACUCUGACAAACCUCUAGUUCCUCUGUGGAAAGGAACUCCAUCCCUGCAGCACUCCACCAAUCAGACAGAAGCUUUUCCUCAAUGAAAGGCACAUGACAGCCCACGUGGAGUUUAACGAAGGGCACCUAAAGACUCUCAGACCAUGAGCAACAAGAUUCUCUGGUCUGAUGAAACCAAGAUUGAACUUUUUGUGCUGAAUGCCAAGUGUGAUUUCUGGAGGAAACCUGGCGUCAUCUCUGGUCAUGCAUCAUGCUGUGGGGAUGUUUUUCGGCAGGAGGGAAUGGGAAACUAGUCAGGAUUGAGGGAAAUAUGAACAACGCAAAUUACAGAGAGAUCCUUGAUGAAAACCUGCUCUAGAGCACUCAGGACUUCAGACUGGGGGUGAAGGUUCACCUUCCAAAAGGACAAUGACCGUAAGCACACAGCCAAGACAACGGAGCAGUGGCUUCGGGACAGAUCUCAGCCAAAGCCCGAACUUGAAUCCAAUCGAACAUCUCUGGAGAGAUGUUCAAUAGCUGUGCAGCGAUGCUCCCCAUCCAACCUGACAGAGCUUGAGAGGAUUUUUUAGAGAAGAAUGGGAGGAACUCCCCAAAUACAGGUGUGCCAAGCUUGUAGCGUCAUACUCAAGAAGACUCAAGGGUGUAAUUGCUGCCAAAGUUGCUUCAACUAUGUAUUGAGUAAAGGGUCUGAAUACUUAUGUAAAUGUGAUAUUUCAUUUAUUUAUUUAUUGCAAAAAUAAAUAAUAUGUUUUUUGCUUUGUCAUUGUGAGGUAUUUUGGGUAGAUUGAGGGGAAAAACAAUUGAAUCCAUUUUAGAAUAAGGCUGCACUGUAACAAUGUGGGAAAAGUCAAGGAGUCUGAAUACUUUCGGAAUGCACUGUAUGUGUGUAUGUAUUCAUUUAUUUUUUUACAUUUUUGUUUACUGUAUUCCCUUCAUAGUGCACUACUGGAAACGAUGGGUUGGGACCAAAUAAGGGGUCCCAAGCUUCCACACAAGUAAUCUAAACUUCCACAAGUAAAAAAAUAUCCACUUAGUCAUGCAUUGAUGUCAAUGGGAAAUUUAAGUGAAAAUUAUACUCUUAGGUGGAGGUUAGGAUUCACUCCUAAUGCUAGACUUAUACUGCUGUGUAUUUUCUGAUAUGUAUUUUUUAUUAGAUUUAUUGCCAAAAUAUUUUAGUUAAAAACAAGUGAGACGAGUACCAUAAUUAAUAAUACUAUUUUAAACUACUGUGUGUUUUAGUUUGGGAUUUGUUUAGUGUCUGUGUGUGUUCAUGGGUUGUGAUUUGUUUUAUGUCCUGUUAGGUAAAGCUUUGUUUAUGUUUCA